CGAAACGUCUUAACGAAACAGAGGAAAAAAAACACAUGUAUCCAUCUUUUCUCCAGCCACCGAUCUCCGGCUUCUCGCCGGAAUAUUCCCUCGAAUCCUCGACGGAAUCUUUCUCUUCCUCUCCAUAUUCUUUCAACGAAUACUCUCUCCCUUUCAACGAGAACGACUCAGAGGAAAUGCUUCUUUACGGCCUUAUCCAGCAAACGGUUCAGCAAAUCAAGCUCGAGGAGGUCUCUUCCUCCAUCGAAGAAGAGACUAAAAUCUCAAGAAAAGAUCAAGAGAAGUCAUAUAGAGGCGUUAGACGUCGUCCGUGGGGCAAAUUCGCCGCCGAGAUAAGGGACUCGACUCGAAACGGGAUCAGGGUUUGGCUCGGAACGUUCGACAGUGCGGAAGAUGCGGCUUUGGCUUACGACCAAGCCGCUUUUUCGACGAGAGGGUCUUCGGCGAUAUUGAAUUUCCCCGUGGAGAGAGUUCAAGAAUCGCUGAAGGACAUGGAGUGUAGCCACGAGGAAGGCUGUUCUCCGGUCGUGGUGUUGAAGAGGAAGCACUCUAUACGACGGAAAACGAUGAGCCGGAAGGGAAAAGAUGCCGAUUCCGAUCACCGGAGGGGAGUUAGGGUUGAUAAUGUGGUUGUGUUUGAGGAUUUGGGUGAAAAGUAUCUGGAGGAGCUAUUGAGAUCUUCUGAAAGUAUUGGGCCUUGGUGAAAUGUUUGAGAAAAUACGGGGCUACAUUUGUGAUUAAUUUUAAUUGUAACCGAGUGGAAUAUUCGUGUAUGCAGUUUUCAUCUUUGGGUCGAA